UUAAGAGUAGAUGUGGCGUAAAUUUCCAACCGAAUGAAGCUGCCAUCGAAGGUGGCUAACGUGUGGAAGCGUUUCUUGGCCAUGUUGUCGCUGCCGGAUUUGUUGGUUCUCGGUUGCUUGUGGGCCAGUGGAUUUUCCCUGGGUUACUAUGCCAAAUCGGCUUAUGUGUACGAUAACCUUUGGCCCCAUUGGUAUGCUUUAGUGGGCGGGGUCGUGGCCUUGGCCUUGACCCUCGGAUGGACCCUCAGGAAGCACAAGAAGCAGCAGUACAGCUACGAUCAUUACUAUAUCAUUUUCUACGGACUGCUCUGUUCACUGAUGGGAAGCUGCUUCAUGCUGACUAAACAGUUGGCUGUUAGCUAUUACUUCAUCUUCGUGGGACUGAGUGUACAAUAUCUAGCCGGAUUCAGUUACGUGAGCCUGCGAUGCGAUGCCUCGGGAUCGAGGCCAUCGCGAAUUGCCCUGGCCAACUCAUUAUAUGCCGGAGGAAUGACCACGGGAUUUGUGGUGUUCAACGAGAUGGAACCACAACGUUGUGGAUUAAUUGCUUUGGGCAUCAACCUACUCUUACUUUGCCUUGUGUGUCUAAACGAGCUGCUGCAUCACACGGGCUGCAUUAACUACAAGGAAUCCAGGGAUUUGGUGUUUAAUCUGCUGAACGAAGAGAAGAUGGUCUUCCUGCCGCGUCAGGCGAUUCUGGCUCAGUUUGUGGACCGAAGGGAUUACCAGCUGAAGGACAGCAGGCAGUGGUUGGUCCUGAUCCUGGGAGGAUCUCUGGUUUACUUACAGAAGAGUUGUCUGCUAUUCUCACCCACUUAUAUGCAACUCAUGUGGAGCAGUACAGUGGGCUAUCUGCAGAGGACCCAGCUUUAUAUACCCUUUGUUCUGUAUUCCGGGGGUACAAGUUUUGGUGCUCUCCUCCUCAUGAGAUAUACCCCUAAACUGGUUUACUUACUCUUUGGUCUUAUUCAAAUGACUUUGAUUGUGGCUCUGCUGUGCAUUUACACCGAUGAGCAGUCGGAACAUUGUUUUCUGUUCCUCUGUCUGAUAUAUUUGACUUUGGGAGUGCUCUCGAGUCAAGGAAUCCAUUGGUUACUGGAGUGCUCACCCUUUCUGUACACAGAAAUGUCCCUGGCUUUGGGUUUUAUUCUUCAACUUGCCGUUCUCGAGGGUUCCAAAUACGAAACCUUUGCCAGCAAUACUUGGAUUGCCCUACUCAUAGUUAGUAUCAUCAUACUGGUUCUAACUUCACUGGCCAUUCCUGUGGUCCAGUGGCUCCAACCGAGUUCCGCCAGUCUUGUUGAUGUGAGGAACCGCCUGCUGGGCAUCAGGAGAAAGUCUCUGCCCCCGGAACAAACCCAAUUUUGGCACACCAACCACUUUUUGGCCCACAACAAGCCCGCCAAUCAGCUGGAGUCCGUCCAACUGGGCAGAAGUCGCAUCUUCCAGCAAUAUCCCAUCAGCGGGAGUGACAUCACCACCGACAACCACAAAGGCGACAAGUUCUGAUAAUAAAGUGCUGCACUUUAUACUGCCAACCA